AUGGCAGACGGAAGUGUCACACUUGCACGAGAUUGUGGGGCGACAUCUGCUCUAUACCCAUAUAAAACAAAAUAUGACAAAAAUGACAAAACAUCUGUAUUACCUAAGCGGGGGACAACUGCGUCCCAAAAAGUUGAUAUUUCAUCCGACGAAGACAAUGUAGCAACACAAUUUGGGUCCUCAUUGGUUUGGCAAUAUGCUACAAGGUGUAUUGAUCGAAAUUAUGCGAUAUGUAACUUAUGUUCAAAUGACAAACGUAUAUCAACAAACCAUGGAUCAACAUCGACUUUGCGUCAACAUUUAAUAUCGAAGCAUGGGAAAAAUGAAUUGAUGAUACCGAUCGACAAAAAGAAAGACAAAUCAUUACCAUUCAGCCUUGAAAAGAAACGACAAUUAGAUGAUUACCUUAUUAAAUCUGUUGCUAGUGAUGCACGUACAUUUAACGACUUCGGAAAAUCUGGCAUUAAGAAGUUUUUAGAAGCGGCGCUUCCCGGUAAGAUUAAUUGAAACUAGGGACGAUGCGAUGAAGUUUGAUCAAAGGAGGCUAAAUUCAGUUAAGCUAAACUCAUAGAAUGCAUAGGUGAACUUGCGUUAGCUAUUUUCCAAAUAUUUAUCGGAAAAGAAUUGAAAAUUAAAGCAGACAGCUGUUAAAUGAUAGACAAUUUCAGCUUUCAUAAUAUUAUAUAACUCCCUUAAAAUGUAUCUCCAUUUUUUUUGU